AUGGGCCAGGCGGAGGACCCAAAAGCGUGUCUUGCAGGCAAGUUCACGCAAGCAGCUGGCUACAAGGGCGAAGUGGAGGAGGAGCCCAGAAAGCUGGAAACUGGCCAGAUGUACGAAGUUGUAGCGAAUUUCGUUGCGGUUCGGAAGCUUCCAUCGCUUGAGGCUCCCUUCGUUCGGCGGCUGAAGAAAGGUGCCAAAGUAGAGAUGUUUGAGUGGGACAAGACCCGUCGAUGGCGGAGGGUGUGCAUCGAAGCACCAGUCGAUGCGGAAACGAAGCCAAGGGCUCCGACCAUGACGGAGGCACAGAGGAGGUGGGCGACCGGCGAGCCUGUGUGGGAUUCAGCGAGGGGAAAAUGGGUGGAUGCCGCCCCAAAGAUAGAAGUCCUGGAUUCUGAUUCCGAUGCGGAAGAUGCGGUGGUGAGAAGAGAUGCGUGGAUCAUGGUUCACCAUCCAGAGAUGGGCCUUCUACUGCAAGCAGUACAACCUGGUGACCUACCGGAAGCCCAGCUCAGCGAUCCUGCGGCGAACGAGCCGAAGCCUGUCAAGAGGCAACAGGACCAGCACCUGCCUGGGCAAGCAGCGGUGCCUGCAACCGCUGCUUUUGCAGUGGAGAAGGCGCGCUUCGAUUUCUACUGGGGCAACACUCCCAAUGCGGCGCCACCGCCCUUGCAGAGCCAGCCAGUCGUUCAGGGUCAUGGACCACAGAUUCUACCCGCUGCACGUCAUGACGCAGAUUUCGCCCCUGAGGUGCCGGCCGAGCCCGCUCUCAUCUCGGCGGUGCGAAGUGGGGAUGAAGAGUCGGUUCGCGUGCUGCUGCAGACUGGUCACGAUCCCAACAUUGUGGAUGCUUUGGGUGAAACACCACUGUUCGAAGCAGCCUCUGCGGCGAACCUGCGAAUUGUUGCUGCGCUGCUGCUGCAUGGGGCAGAUUCUUUGCACCGUUCAGAGCAUGGUGCCGUUGCUGCAGACGUAGCGGAGGAUCCAGCAACACGAGCUUUGCUGAGAAGAUGGGAUGGCCAGGACUCGGUUCCAAAGAGUGAUCUUGUCCAGAUGUUGGGCAAGCUGACAGAAGCUGAUGCCAAAUCCGUGGCCUCACGGUUGAAGCUCGAGGUGAGCAUGGAGGAGAGCCAGCCAGAAACUCCGGCACAGAUUGAUCCUGCGAGCCCUGGAGUUCGAUAUCGCGUCGUGUACAAGAAG